UUUCGUCUUUCGACAUGCUCUCUUUAUCUCUGAACAUUACUUCUCUUGUUCUAUUUCCGGAGGCCGUCAAGUUCCUCGUGUACAUCAAGUCACCAGCGCUCAAAAUGACCUGGUUUGAGCGCACCGGUUGUUGCCAACUAGAAGCUGUGGAUGCGAACUACUGCUAUGGUAUGUCCAGAUGUUUCAGGAAUUUUCUUUCUGUAAACAACAACUGCAUCGCUGUUGAAUCAAAUGCAUCUGAAUAUAUACAGCGCUUUGUUCUAGAAUUAGUCAAUUAUUUCACGUCUUUCCGGUCCUUGGAUCAAGAUGUAAGCACAAGAAUCGUAGAAAUACCUGUCAGAGCUUUAGAGUCUCUAGUUGGGAAAACAAAACUCUGAACCAUCGAAAGAUGCACUAGAAGCGUAAGUUUGGUGCACGAACGAGAGCGAUCAAGCGAUGUUCGUACCUUCGAUAUCACUGAUUCAUGGUUGAGCAUGAACUUAGUUCAUGCUCAACCACGUGGAAUGAUGUGCAACAACUUUGUCUUUCUAUUCGUUGGUAUACUGAAGUUGGAUAACGAAUUGCUCCGAAUCAUCGACAGAUAUACUGAAGGUGGAUCAAGGACUAUGAAUAAUAGCACAUGCGUUUCUUGCUUGGAAACUUCUUACAUUUGACAUCCAGCUCUAGUAUUUGAAAUCUGGAAACUGACAGUUUUCGUCAAAUUAGCGUGUAUACAGUCUCAUUCUUAGUCAACCCCAGCAGCAAGGAAGCAUGCACUUCCAAAUCUGAUAUUGGCAGCUGAUGUGGAUAACGUUAAAGAGGUUCUGCACGUUCUCCAGAUGAACGAGUAUUGUGCUACACGGUUGAGCAACGGCGUGCUCAAGAGAGACACUGAUCAUUUGGACAAAUCUUAUUGCGAUCUGAGACGACGGAUCUCAAUUCCAAGAGUUGUUGGAUGCAGACUUACUUCUCCUGGCAGGUUUCCUCAAAGAUGUUCCAAUGAAGUUCCUGUGCCUCGGGGCCAAGUACACGAUGCAAAGCUUCCUCAUGAAGACGAGUCAUCGUUUUCAGAUUCGUGUGGCUGACUUCCACCGUACUUUCAACUGGCGUAGCCGCUACUACUGCUCCUUAAGAGAGAGUUUCAUCCAUCGCGAUCAGUAUAGCAUCUUGAAAUCAAGGGACGAAAGGUAGAUAGAUUUUGCUCCAAUUUUGUGUACUAGGAUAGAAGAGCUGACGGAAGAAAGCGUAGUGCAAACUUACUUUCAUUGCGGAUGGUAAGAGCAACAUUACAGAUCAGCUGCAUUGAUAGAACUCAGAAGCUAUCCUGUACAUCAUCUGCUAGUGUACAAAUAAGAAACCUUUAUCUGUUAGGAAAGUACGGCAUUGUGAGCCCACAUUUUUCAGCCAAUGCUGUGUUUUGAUGGACAAUUUUCUGUGAGAAUCCUUUGGUGCAAAUUGAGACCUCAGGCUAGGUGUAGUUGAUGAACGAUUGUCGUAUUCAUAUUGUUUUCUCGACCUGAGGACCUUUGUCGAAGAAAAGUAUGAAAUCAUCCUCCACAUUGUCGACUAUGGUUUUGUGCACCCACCAGUUCAUUGGAGCUGAAUUGGAAUGGAAUUGGCUGAAAUAAGCCUUGAGAGCAUUUUUCAAUCCCGCCAGAAACAAUGUAAGAUGACUCUUUACCAAUUGGAAUCCCGC